GUAGUUUGGUCUCCGCGCUUUGAAGGUGAUUGUGUGUGGACUGAGGAGGUGGGACGUGAGAUUGGUCAAGAAAGACGAAUCGAAUAUUAUUCACUAAAUUUGUUUGGGUGUGGAGCCUGGAGGUGACAGUGUGCGUAUCGAUUAUUGAACUACUGGAUAAAGAUGGAGUCAAACUAAAAUCAAAAUGCAUUUGGUAAAGGGAGUUGAGAAGAGUUGCAGAGAAAGUAAAGGGAGCGAGAGGGCGGGUCAAGACGGCAACUUUUGAGUUUUGAAACACAGCAUUACAGAAAUUAGGGUGUUUGAUUCUUCUUAUUUUAUAGCUUUCCCAUGGCCAGACCUUCAUGGUUGGUUGACAGUAAGAGAAUCGCAACAAAGAUUAGAAGUGCAUCAGAUGAUCCAGGAAAUAUUAACUGGAAAAGCAAUCCUACAAGAACUUGCCCCAGUUGCCACUAUAUUAUUGACAAUAGUGAUGUAACUCAUGAAUGGCCAGGAUUGCCAAGAGGUGUGAAGUUUGAUCCGUCUGAUCAAGAGAUUAUCUGGCACUUACUUGCAAAAGUUGGUCUUAAUGAUUUGAAAUCUCAUCCUUUUAUCGAUGAGUUCAUUCCGACAGUUAAUGAAGAUGAUGGGAUAUGCUACACGCAUCCUCAAAAUUUACCUGGUGUUAAGCAGGAUGGCACCGUUUCCCAUUUCUUUCACAGAGCUAUCAAAGCCUAUAACACUGGAACUCGAAAGCGUCGAAAGAUACAUGGCGAUAAUUUUGGAGAUGUUCGUUGGCACAAGACUGGUCGCACUAAACCCGUGGUCUUGGAUGGUAUACAAAGAGGGUGUAAGAAGAUAAUGGUUCUUUAUGUGAGCUCAGCCAAGGGUGGGAAAGCGGAGAAAACGAAUUGGGUUAUGCACCAGUAUCAUCUCGGGACAGGGGAAGAUGAAAGGGAAGGGGAAUACGUUGUUUCCAAAGUGUUUUAUCAGCAACAGCAAGUGAAGCACAGUGAGAAAAACGAGCUUGAAUCUCCAGAGGAAACCGAAUGUUUGGAUGCUAAGAAAGACCCUUCUACUCCCAAAACUGCGACUCCUGAUCCCCUUCAUACAGAAACGAGACCAUCGAGUUUCGUUGCAGGACUGGAGACCCCUAAUAUUCAGCAUCGGGAAGUGGAUUACACAAAAGCUGACAUGGAGAUUCCAUUGGAGAAGGGUGAUAAUCAAGAUGAAAUCACACCGAAUCAAACUGAACAAAUGGAGUUGCAAAAUGAGAAUGAAGGUGGUGAGGAUCGGAAAUGGUGGGAUAGUGAAUCACAGUAUCUGUUAGACUCGCAACAGCUUGUGGAAGGGUUGUCGUUAUGUGAUGAACUUCUCCAGAGUCAAUCUCCAAAUAGGGAUGGGGAUCAAAACGGGAAAGACCAUAAGUCCACAUCCUGUCUAUCUGAUUAUCGACACUUAGGGCCAGAGAAUUUUAAGAAGGAUCUCGAGGAGUGCCAAGAAUUGGUCCUAGAUGUGCCACCCGCAAAUCAAAGUGGUAAAGAGAAAAAGUGCAUGCCCCAUCUCUCUGAUUAUGGACACUUGGGGACCGAGAAUUUUAAGUUCUUGGAAAACAGCCAAGAGUUGGUUCUUGACCCCGAAAACAUAAUGCUAGAUACACCUCCCGACUUUCGGCUAAGCCAACUCGAGUUUGCAUCUCAGGACAGUUAUGUUGCUUGGGGUGGGAACAAUAUUGAUCCCACUGAGCAAGGUAGCUGAUAUCAUCAUCUGACCUGCACUUCUGAUCCGAAGGGACUGGUAUUAAUUUUGUGUGGGUGAUUAUGUAAGGCUGCUAGUACGUAGCAUUACCUAUUUUGUGCAAUGCACUGCUUAUGUAACCGUUCUGCAUUUCAAUAUGCGUUUUUGGAGCUUGAUCAACUGCAUGGCGGCCAGCUACCUUGUUUCCAUAGCAGCAACGAGAUAUCAAUAUAAUUGUCUAUCCCGUUUUGUUGCUAAUGUAUUGUUUGUAUAUGUACUCAACCAACUGCAUAUUAAUGGUAUAUUAACUAUUUGGUUUACUACCACAAAA